AUGUCGUCCGAUGAUGCCUACAUGUCUUUUCUGAACAAAGCCAACGCGGAUGUGAGUGGCGGCCAAGCCUCACAGCAAGGGGCCGGCACCAUCAAAACCGAGACCGUGCACAGCUCCCUGUCAGUCCCAAAGCCGCUGCAGUCCGUGGACGCAUACUACGUCUCCGAUACAGAUGAGCCCUUCGAGCCUGUGGCAUUGAAAUGGGAUGGCGCUGCGAAGGGAUCCUGGCCUAGUGCCGACGAGCUCGCCUCCCUGAUUUCCUCAGAUGCCAACCUGUCCAAGUCCAUCUCCAUUAUAACCCCCUCCGACUUCGACCCGAACAAUCAGUACGCCUCCGCCCUGGAUGCUGUCCGCACCGCAGCUGUCGAGAAGGAUUCUGGAGCCGAUAAGUCUGCUGUUGAGCUGAAGGUCUACCGUGUUGAACAAACCACGACCCAGUGCGAGUACUGGGUUCUUGCACUACAUGCGCCUGAGAGCCGUCUUGUCGGUUUGCGCGCUAAGGCUGUUGAGUCUUAG